GCGAACUCUUACCGCCACACCGAAGGACUAUUGGAGCUGAAAUCGAUUCCCACAGAGAAUAACCUCGGCCGUGGACUAGCAAAUCGAUCUCCCACAAAGCCGAGCGGCGGUGGUCCGUGAACCCCAGCUGCGAGAAAAAUCUCGCCCCACUUUGGAAGUGACCAUCGAAGUUCUUGUGAAGGACACGAAAUAGUUAUUCCUUUUAGUAGUGAGAUGCAAUUUUCCCUGCUAGUUAAACGUGCAUAAUAAUAUGGAGGCGUCUGCGCCAGAAUGGCUUGUGAAAUGGGUUGUUCUGAACUAAUGGCAGGUGAUAUUGGCGUUACUCCAUUAAAGUUUUUCCGAGCAUAAUGUUGGAUUGCUUUUGUCCAUGUCGGUGUGCGCUCAAUCAGUGUCUUUGCUCGUGUUUAUGUCCACGUCGGUUCCAUGCCCAGGGUGAAUGUUUGGGAAGCAUCAGCCUUUAGCACGUCCACUGUUUGAUAUUUUGCCAAACAGAAAGUUGGCCUAAGAGGGCGUUAACGCUGUGUGAAGUCAUGGAAACAACUGUCAGUAUUUAUUUUGGGCCAAAUAAUGCAAUCAUAACUGUGCAUCCAUUGAUUUGUGGCCCUUGUAUAACGUGCGGAUGAUUGCAUUUUGCCGGUCAGAAGUAGCUUACAUAGGAGGACUCGUUUCAGUGGUGUAGCGAAUGCUGAGUAGCCAUGAAUGUGAGAUGGCCGAGGCUUCUGACACCUACGCAUCUUUCUCAGAUUAUACGGAAUCAGAAAAACCCAUCAACAGCGCUCCAAAUCUUCAGGGAAGCCAAACACAAGUAUCCCAAUUACCGUCAUAAUGGUCCAGUCUAUGCCACCAUGAUUGAAAUCCUGGGAAACGCAGGCUGGAUAAGUGAGAUGAAAGAGGUGAUUGAGCGGAUGAAAGAAGACUCGUGUGAGUGCAAGGAUUCAGUAUUUGUUAAUGCAAUCAAAACCUAUGCCAAAGCUGGAUUGCCAAAUGAGGCAGUUUCUCUUUUUAACAGCAUUCCUCAGUUCAACUGCGUGAAUAAGACAGAGUCUUUCAAUACCCUUCUGCAGAUAAUGGUGAAUGAAUCUAAGCUUGAAGCUGCUCCACGUCUGUUCUUAGAGAGCUCUUAUGGUUGGGAAGUGAAGUCUCGGAUUCCGUCCUUGAACUUGCUUAUGGAAGCUCUAUGCCGGAAGCAUCGUUCUGAUCUUGCUUUAGAGAUUUUUUUAGAGAUGAACUAUCAAGGUUGCUGCCCAAAUAGGGAAAGCCACCGUAUCCUAAUGAAAGGAUUGUGUGAGGACGGAAGGCUAAAUGAGGCAACCCAUUUGUUGUACUCAAUGUUUUGGAGGAUCUCUCAGAAGGGUAGUGGCGAGGAUAUUGUAAUCUACAGAAUCUUAUUAGAAGCUCUAUGUGAUGAUGGGCAAGUUGAAAAGGCUGUGGAAAUUCUAGGCAAGAUCUUAAGGAAGGGGCUAAAGGCUCCUAAGAGAUGUUUUCGCCAAUUUGAUCUCAGUCGGUUCAGUGCCGGUGAAGAUAUCAAAAGCACCAAGAAUUUGAUUAAUGAAGCGUUGAUCAGAGGUGGGAUCCCCAGCUUGGCUGGUUAUAGUGCUAUGGCUGUUGAUCUGUACAAUGAAGGUAAGGUUAGUGAUGCUAACAAAGUGCUCGCUGAAAUGCAAGAAAGAGGCUUUAGGCCAACACACUUGAUUUAUGAAGCAAAGAUAGCAGCAGUAUGUAGCAGAGCCAAUGUUGAUGAAGCAUUGAAGGUAAUUGAGAAGGAAAUGGUGGUGGCUAAUUGUGUACCAAAUGUUAGAGUUUACAAUAUUGUACUGAAAGGGCUUUGUGAUGAAAGGAAAUCAACCCUUGCUGUUGGGUAUUUGAAGAAUAUGGCCAGACAGGUGGGUUGCACUGCUGAUAAGGAAACAUAUAGCAUUUUGAUCAGUGGGCUGUGUGGUGAAAGUAGGUAUGGUGAGGCAAGUCAAGUUUUGGAGGAGAUGUUAAUCAAAUCAUUUUGGCCUGGUGCUGACACUUAUAAUGUACUUAUCAAAGGUCUUUGCUCUGUGGGCAGGCAAUACGAAGCUGUUAUGUGGUUGGAGGAGAUGAUUAGUCAGGGCAUGCGGCCAGAAUCCUCUGUAUGGCACUCGUUGGUGGCAUCUGUGUGCUCCAACAUGGCUGACAUUGAUAUGUUCUUUGACUCAUUUAAUUAAGUUAUAUUAUGAGCACUUGGUUGUCCAUGUUAGAGCAUUUAUCAGCACUAUGUUGUUCUGCAACACAUCUUCUAAAAAAGAUACUUCAAUUAAAAACAUUUGCAUUAA